GCUCAGGCUUCUUUCUUCCCGGGCUGCCCUCGCCGGCCGCUGCGAUGGAGGAGCGGCGCAAAGGCGACCCCAGGAGGAUGGAGGAUGAGGCGGUGUUGGAUAGAGGAGCCUCCUUCCUUAAGCAUGUGUGUGAUGAUGAGGAGGUGGAAGGUCAUCAUACAGUCUACAUUGGAGUUCACGUGCCUAAGAGUUACCGGAGAAGGAGACGUCACAAAAGAAAGCCCAAAGAAAAGAAAGAAAGGGAGAAAAUUUCUGAAAACUCCGACAAAUCUGACGUUGAAAAUGCUGAUGAGACCAGCAGUAGCAUCCUCAAGCCACUCAUCUCCCCCGCCGCUGAACGCAUCCGCUUCAUUUUGGGUGAAGAUGAUGACAGUCCGGCACCACCCCAGCUCUUCACAGAGCUCGACGAACUCCUGGCUGUUGAUGGACAAGAAAUGGAAUGGAAGGAAACGGCAAGGUGGAUAAAGUUUGAAGAAAAAGUGGAACAAGGAGGAGAGAGAUGGAGUAAACCACACGUCGCCACAUUAUCCCUUCACAGCUUGUUUGAGUUGAGGACGUGUAUAGAGAAAGGGUCGAUCAUGUUGGAUAUGGAGGCCUCAUCGCUCCCUCAAGUUGUAGAGAUGGUUGUGGACAACCAGAUUGAGACGGGGCUACUGAAGCAAGACAUGAAGGACAAGGUCACCUAUACGCUGCUCAGGAAGCAUCGGCACCAGACCAAAAAAUCCAACCUGCGCUCAUUGGCCGACAUCGGGAAGACUGUCUCCAGUGCAAGUAGGAUGUUUACCAACCCCGAUAAUGGCAGCCCAGCCAUGACGCAUAGAAACUUGACUUCCUCCAGUUUGAAUGACAUCUCUGACAAGCCUGACAAAGAGCAGCUGAAGAACAAGUUCAUGAAGAAGUUGCCUCGAGACGCCGAGGCCUCCAACGUUCUGGUCGGAGAAGUAGACUUCUUGGAAGUUCCUUUCAUUGCCUUUGUUCGGCUGCAGCAAGCCGUUAUGCUCGGUGCUCUAACAGAAGUCCCUGUACCUACCCGGUUUCUCUUCAUUUUGCUGGGUCCCAAAGGCAAAGCUAAAUCGUACCAUGAGAUUGGCCGCGCCAUUGCCACAUUGAUGUCUGAUGAGGUGUUCCACGACAUUGCCUACAAAGCCAAAGACAGACAGGAUCUGAUUGCUGGAAUCGAUGAGUUCUUGGAUGAAGUCAUUGUGCUUCCGCCUGGAGAGUGGGACCCUGCCAUCAGGAUAGAACCCCCCAAAUCCCUCCCUUCGUCUGACAAAAGGAAAAACAUGUAUUCAGGUACUGAGAAUGUGCAGAUGAAUGGAGACACUCCUCAUGAAGGGGGCAACGGAGGUGGCGGACAUGGGGACUGUGAGGAAUUGAAACGCACUGGCAGAUUUUGUGGGGGUUUAAUCAAAGACAUCAAGAGGAAAGCCCCUUUCUUUCCCAGCGACAUCUACGACGCGUUCAACAUCCAAGCCCUGUCCGCCAUUCUCUUCAUUUAUCUGGCUACUGUAACCAACGCCAUCACUUUUGGAGGCUUGCUGGGAGAUGCAACUGACAACAUGCAGGGCGUGUUGGAAAGCUUUCUUGGUACAGCAGUGACGGGGGCUCUAUUUUGCUUUUUCGCUGGACAGCCCCUCACUAUCCUAAGCAGCACAGGACCUGUCUUGGUCUUUGAACGGCUUUUAUUUAACUUUAGCAAAGACAAUGGCUUUGAUUAUCUGGAGUUCCGCCUCUGGAUUGGCUUGUGGUCGGCCUUCUUGUGUCUUAUUCUGGUCGCUACUGAUGCCAGCUUCCUGGUCCAGUACUUCACCCGGUUCACGGAAGAAGGGUUCUCUUCCCUGAUCAGCUUCAUCUUCAUCUAUGAUGCGUUCAAGAAGAUGAUCAAGUUAGCAGACUAUUACCCCAUCAAUUCCAAUUUUAAAGUGGACUAUAUAACACUUUAUUCCUGUACCUGCAUGCCACCGGAUCCAGUUAAUGGCUCUUUAUUCAAUGAUUCAGCCACACCAUCAGCUGAUUGGCCCCCCUCUGCUGAGAUGCACAACGGCACGAUGAACUGGUCAUCCCUGGGCAAGAAGGAGUGCUUGAAAUAUGGAGGUCUACUCAUGGGCAACAAUUGCAAAUAUAUCCCUGACAUCACCCUCAUGUCUUGUAUCCUCUUUUUGGGCACCUACACCUGCUCCAUGGCCUUGAAGAAAUUCAAGACCAGUCGUUAUUUCCCAACCACUGCAAGGAAGUACAUAAGUGACUUUGCCAUCAUCCUCUCCAUUCUGAUUUUCUGUGGAAUUGAUGCUCUGGUAGGUGUGGAUACACCGAAACUCCUUGUGCCAAGUGAAUUCAAGCCAACAAGCCCACACAGAGGCUGGUUCGUCCCACCUUUCGGAGGGAACCCCUGGUGGGUGUACAUGGCAGCUGCCAUCCCUGCGCUGCUGGUGACAAUCCUCAUCUUCAUGGACCAGCAGAUCACAGCUGUUAUUGUCAACCGGAAAGAGCACAAACUCAAGAAAGGUGCUGGCUACCAUUUGGAUCUUUUCUUGGUGGCCGUGCUGAUGAUCAUAUGCUCCUUCAUGGGCCUGCCCUGGUACGUUGCUGCUACUGUGAUCUCCAUUGCGCACAUUGACAGCUUAAAGAUGGAGACGGAGACAUCAGCACCUGGCGAGCAACCCAAGUUCCUGGGAGUCAGGGAGCAGAGAGUGACUGGAGUGAUUGUGUUCAUCCUGACAGGCAUCUCAGUCUUCAUGGCUCCUAUCUUGAAGUUUAUUCCCAUGCCUGUGCUGUACGGAGUGUUUCUAUAUAUGGGCGUCGCUUCUCUUAAUGGAGUACAGUUCAUGGACCGCUUGAAGUUGCUCCUGAUGCCUCUCAAGCACCAGCCUGAUUUUAUCUACCUGCGACACGUCCCCCUCCGCCGGGUCCACCUCUUCACUUUCCUCCAGGUGGUGUGCCUGGCGCUCCUUUGGAUCUUGAAGUCUACAGUGGCUGCUAUCAUAUUCCCAGUCAUGAUCCUGGCACUCGUAGCGGUCCGAAAGGCCAUGGACUACCUCUUCUCCCAGCAUGACCUCAGUUUCCUUGAUGACGUCAUUCCAGAAAAGGACAAGAAGAAGAAGGAGGACGAGAAGAAAAAGAAGAAAAAGAAAGGCAGUCUGGAUAGUGACAAUGAUGACUCCGACUGCCCCUACUCAGAAAAAGUCCCAAGUAUUAAAAUUCCAAUGGACAUCAUGGAACAAGAACCUUUCCUAAGUGAUAGCAAACCUUCCGACAGAGAAAAAUCACCAACAUUCCUUGAACGCCAUACAUCAUGCUGAUAAAAUUCCUUACCUCCACGGCCACACAAUGCCAAGCCCUCCACAAACUCCAAUGAAAGUCGUGCCUCAAAUUAGGAUAGAGCUCGAUCCUGAAGACAGCGGUUAUUUCUGGAGGAGCAAGGGAA